AAAUCAAAUAUAAACGACCGAGCCGAAGUGAAAAGUGUGUGUGUGGCAAAUAUUUAAUUCCCAUUUGCGUUCCAAAUCGGAGGAGGAUUCAGCGAAGGAAGCUUGAGACACAGAGAACACAUCGCAGUCAAAGAGUAAACAGAGUACAUCCAGACAGCCAGAAUGCGUCGCUCCUCGUUCACGCCCGUCUUCAACCUGAGCACCCAGGAGCCGCUGAUCGUGGUGGAGGAGUCGCACACCGCCGAGGAUGGCGAUGAUUUGGAGGGCGCCGCCGGCGGCUGUGAUCCCACUGCGGCUGGCACACGUCGCUCCAACAGCGAUGACUCCGAACCGGACUCGCCGGUGAAUCCCUACCUGCUCUGCCCCUUUCCCGACAUGCAGCAGCGGCGCAAGCAUUCGCUGCCAUCGCUCCAAAUCACCGAGGGCAUCACCGCCAGCCAGGUGCGACGAUUGUCGGAGGUGGGCGGCGAGACUGGCGGUCUCAGUCCCAAGGAGGUUGAGUUCCUGGCCACGCUCUCGCAGAAGGCCAAUCCCACGGCCGGCGGACGCAGGCACUCGGUGGUUACCAUAUCGGCGGUGCCCCCAACGCUAUUCGGACGCAAUCGCCGCGAGUCCAUUUCCGGCGUAUCCUUCAGUGGCAGUCGCCGUGGCAGCGUCAUCGCCGGACCGCCGUUGACCGAUCACCGCGGCAGCGUGCACAACUUGCAGCUGGACAUCAUGGACGGGAUCGUGCAGCAGCGGAAGACGCGAAGCGGCAGCGGCGUUUGGACAGCGCCCGUUCUGCAGGAGGCCGAUAGCAAUGUGCCCGUGCAGACAUAAGCGGCUGAAGGACACGCAGGACAGCUGGGGGGGAAAGGACGAAAAAUGGAUGCACGACGAACGUAGAGAAUGGUGGAUGCAUGGAUGGAUGAAUGGAUGGUUGGCUGGAUGGAUGGAUGGAUGGAUGGAUGGAUGGAUGGAUGGAUGGAUGG